AUGGGUCCCGACCGCAGACCCGCCAGCAUCGCCCAGCUGGGUCUUCAACUGGAUCCAGGAGGCGCUGGCGCCGAGCUGGUCGCUUCCAGACCUGCAUGGGACGGGCGAACCAUUAUUGACUACGCGUCGUUUCGGACCCAGACUUUCCCUGCGGUGUCACAGUGGAGACGGAGACGUCAUGAGGACAUGAAUUUCUACCGAUUUAACAACAGCUUCAAGCAGGGUCAAGAGAUUUAUGGAUAA